AUGGCAGAAGGAACUCUGUUUAACGUUGCGGGGAAUAUCCUGAAGCAGUUAGGAUUAUUGGCUGUCCAUGAAAUCGGAUUGGCAUGGAGUGUUGAAGAUGAUACUGCCCAACUCAAGGACAUUGUGAGCACUAUCCAAGGAAUACUUCUUGAUGCUGAGGAGCAGCACAGCAAGAAGAAUAAUGAGGUGACAACUUGGCUUCAUAGGCUCAAAGAUGCAUUUUAUGAUGCAGAUGAUUUGCUAGAUCAUUACAACACUCAAUUUCAACAGCUAAAGGUGAUGACUGCAAAUAAAAUGGCAAAAAAGGUACAAAUCUUCUUCUCUAAGUCUAAUCAGAUUGUAUUUAGUCUUAAGAUGGCUUAUAAAAUGAAGAAAAUUAAGGAGAGACUAGAGAGUAUUUACAAUGCAAGACCACCUUACCUUAAUGAACGCUUUGUUGAUGAAAAAGGAGUAGUGAAUUUGGAAAGGGAAACACACUCUUUUGUACAUAUGGAAAAGGUUAUUGGGAGAGAUGAUGAGAAAAAUAAUCUUAUGCAACUUCUAUUGGACUCAAAUAAUGAUGAGAAUGUUUCAGUGAUUUCCAUAUAUGGGCUUGGAGGAUUAGGAAAGACCACACUUGCUCAAUUUGUAUACAAUAAUGAAAAUAUCGUAAGAUAUUUUCAAUUAAGGAUGUGGGUGUGUGUGUCUGAGGAAUUUAAUGUAAAAUUAAUUAUAGAAAAGAUCAUAAAAUCUACAACUCAUAAGGAAAUUGAAAAGCUUGAACUAGAUCAAUUCCAAGAACGCCUUCGCAAAGAAAUUGGGGGUAAAAGAUAUUUACUUGUUUUGGAUGACAUAUGGAAUGAGAAUCCCAUUGAAUGGGACAAAUUAAAAAAUUUGUUGUUGAAUGGUGCAAGAGGAAGUAAAAUAUUAGUCACUACACGUAGUGAGCAGGUUGCUAAGAUUACUAGUAAACAUUCUAAUCAUAUAUAUCCCUUAAGAGAGCUAGCUAAAGACAAGUCUUGGUCCUUAUUUAAGCAAAUAGCCUUUGAACAUGGGAUAGAGCCAAAAGAUUCAAUACUAGUAGAGAUUGGAAAGGAGAUUGUAGCAAAGUGUGGAGGAGUUCCUUUAGUUAUAGUGACGAUAGGACACCUACUUUAUGGUAAUAAUAAGGAAGAUGAUUGGUUACAGUUUAAGGAUAAUGAAAUGUCAAAAAUAAUUCAAAAGGAAAGUGAUAUUUUACCUAUACUCAAGCUUAGUUAUGAUCAUCUUCCCUUAUACUUGAAGCAAUGUUUUGCCUAUUGUGCAUUAUUUCCCAAAGAUUAUAAGAUUGAGAAGCAAAAACUUAUUCAUCUUUGGAUGGCGCAAGGGUUUCUUCAAGAAUCAAACAAGAAGGAAUGUCCAGAAGAUAUUGGUAAUAACUAUUUUAUGGCCUUACUUUUAAGGUCAUUUUUCCAAGAUCGAGAAUAUGAUGAAUGGGGCAAUAUAAUUGCAUGUAAGAUGCAUGAUCUUAUGCAUGACCUUGCACAAUUAGUUGCAGGAAUUGAAUGCAGCAUGGUAGCAAUAGACACGAGAGAAAGUGUGGAUGUAAAAUGUCGCCAUUUAUCAUUUGAUUGUUGUGAAAUAAGUGAAUCAUGGAAAUUUCCAUCCGCAUUGUAUCGUGCCAAAAAUAUAAGAACUUUACUUUUAUUGGAUCCAUUAAAAUGGGGACACGAAGUGGAUGAUGGUUAUGAAAUUUUAAAAAGCUAUAGGCACUUGCGAACAUUGGAUUUUGGAGAAAUGAGGUUUCAAAAGUUGUUUACUAAGAAUGAUAAAUUGAAGAGCCCAAUUACUAAAUUGGAGCAUCUACGAUAUCUUAAUAUUUCAUAUAUGUAUAUUACAAAUUUUCCUAAUUCCAUUUUGAGACUAUGGAAUUUGGAAACAUUAGACCUCUCCUAUUGUGAAAAGCUUAUAGAACUACCAAGUGAUAUUAGAAGAAUGGUAAAUCUUAGACAUCUUAUAAAUAAAAGAUGUCAUUCUUUAUUGGGGAUGCCACAUGGACUGAGGCUUUUAACUAAUCUUCAAACACUAUCACUAUUUGUAGCAAGUAAGAAAAAUAGUUCNUUGGAUUUUGGAGAAAUGAGGUUUCAAAAGUUGUUUACUAAGAAUGAUAAAUUGAAGAGCCCAAUUACUAAAUUGGAGCAUCUACGAUAUCUUAAUAUUUCAUAUAUGUAUAUUACAAAUUUUCCUAAUUCCAUUUUGAGACUAUGGAAUUUGGAAACAUUAGACCUCUCCUAUUGUGAAAAGCUUAUAGAACUACCAAGUGAUAUUAGAAGAAUGGUAAAUCUUAGACAUCUUAUAAAUAAAAGAUGUCAUUCUUUAUUGGGGAUGCCACAUGGACUGAGGCUUUUAACUAAUCUUCAAACACUAUCACUAUUUGUAGCAAGUAAGAAAAAUAGUUCGGCCAUUAGAAAAAGCAAAUACAGUGGGAUAGAAGAAUUAAAUAGGUUGAACAAUUUGAGGGGAGAACUACAUCUUCGAAAUUUAAAAUAUGUUGACAAUGGAAGGUUGGCCAACUUAAGUGAAAAACGAUUUCUUCAAUCUCUUAUACUAGAUUGGGGGAGAAGUACCUAUUGCGAGGGAAGUAGCUAUAAGAUGUGGAAAAUGAGUGAUAGGGAGGUUGAAGAGGUUGAGGGGAUUGAUGAAAUGGUGUUAGAAAGUCUAAAGCCACACCCAAAUUUGAAAGAAAUUAGAAUAUGGUCAUUUAUUGGUGUGAGGUUUUGUAAUUGGUUUUCCUCCCUUACAAAUCUAACUUCAAUUAGUAUAGUAAGUUGUGGGAAAUGCCAAUCUGUACCACCAUUGAAUAAAUUUCCUUAUUUGAAGAGUUUGUCUCUUGAGUUUCUAUCUAAUUUGGAGUACAUUUCAGAGGAAGCAAGUAAGGAAGUAACAUUUUUCCCAUCACUUAAGGAACUGUCACUCAAGGAUUGUCCUAAAUUAAAGGGAUGGUGGAAGAGAGACGUUAACGAUGAUGGAGUUGAGUUGCCUUCAUUUCCUUGCCUUUCCAAAUUAGAUAUUGAUCAGUGCCCAAACUUGUUGUCCAUGCCACUGUAUCAGUCUCUUGAAGAAUUACGUUUGUGGGAUACCAGCUCGAAGCCAUUGCUACAAACAAUAAUGUUGGUGAAUAGUGUGGGACCAUCAACUUCCUCCAAAAUUUCUACCCCUCUCUCCAAAUUAAAGUCUAUGGAGAUUGAUGGAAUUGCUGAUCUAGAAUCUCUACCAGCGGAGCGGAUGCGAAACCUCACUUCUCUAGUUGAUUUGAAUAUUUUUAGAUGUUCAAGACUAACUCAAGUGCAUCAAGGUAUAAGAUUUCUCACCUCACUUCAAAAUCUGAAGAUUGAAAGUUGUGACGAGCUUGACUUUCUCAAGGAUGACAUGGAAUGGCAAAGUCUCCAAAGCCUUUAUUCUUUAAAACUUAACAGUCUUCCAAAAUUGGUGUCUUUACCAAAGGGGUUUCAACAUCUUACCUCUCUACAGAAGUUAGCUAUUGGUUGUUGUGACCAAUUUAAAUCACCCAACAAUGAGGAUGACGAUUACAUGCCAUGGCAAGGCUUUAGGAGCCUUCGGUCUUUAAAAGUUUAUGAGCUUCCAAAAUUGGUGUCUUUCCCAAAGGGGCUUCGAUAUCUUACCUCUCUACGGAAGUUGACUAUUAAUAAUUGUGACCAAUUUGAAUCACCUGGCAAUGAGGAUGAGGAUGACAUGCCAUGGCAAGGCCUUAGGAGCCUCCAAUCUUUACACUUUUUUGGGCUUCCAAAAUUGGUGUCUCUCCCAAAGGGGCUUCGAUAUCUUACCUCUCUACAGAAUUUGCAUAUUGAUGAUUGUGACCAAUUUGAAUCACCUAGCAGUGAGGAUGACGAUGAUAUGCCAUGGCAAGGCUUUAGGAGCCUCCAAUCUUUACAUAUUUAUGGCCUUCCAAAAUUGGUGUCUCUCCCAAAGGGACUUCAAUAUGUUACCACUCUACAAGAUUUGACUAUUGUAUAUUGUCAUAAUUUGACAGCUCUACCGGAGUGGAUAUCCAAUUCAAGUUCAUUUUCAAUACUGAAAAUCAAUGAUUGUCCCAAAUUGUCAAAAAGAUGCAGAAAUAACAUGGGGAUGGAUUGGCCAAAGAUUGCUCACAUCCCAAAUAUUAUAAUUGAUUACAAAUGGAUUCAAAAGGAUGGCUGUUAUGAAUAUUCUUCUUCAACAGGAUUGUGUGGUGUGGGCAAAUGGUUUGGAAUUUGUAAUUAAUUGGAAGUCGCUACUCUGUUUGUAAAGUGAUGGAAGAACAUUACAGAAAUCACGGAUUAUCCCAAAUUGUCAGAAAGAUGUAGAAAGACUGGAGUGGUUUGGCAAAGCCCAUAUAUUGAUAGACAUAGUAUCAUGGACGCAAAGCCCAUGUAUUGAUAGACAGGGUAUCUUUGGAGUUUCAGCUUUAUAAGAGCUUUUGAUCCAAACAAAGUGCAAUUAGAAUACGCUUCACGACUUUAAAGAGGGAAAACGCUUGUGUAGUAGAUGGCUAUUCAUCAGGAAUGUACAAGUCUUUCUUCAACCGACUUUUUAGUUUAAUUAAAUUCUCAUUCUUAGUUGUUGAAUGGAGUUCAUGUAAAUGACCGGCAAAGUUCGUAUUGUCGGUCUUUUUCUUUACAUUGUGAAUAGGCUUCAUUGGCAUGUGGAGACCCAAGAAGUGUCUUGAAGCUCUCUUCUCAUGAGGCAAAAUUGAUUCAAGAAGGUAAAUGACCACUCUCUUCUUUUAUGUUUCUAUACUUGU